AUGAUGCAGGUGAGGCUCAAAGUGAAAGUGAAAGGCGAGGCGGCGGUGGUGGUGGCCCCUGUGGGAGGCAGCGCCAUGCUCCCCUGUGACCUGACCCAGCCCGGGGACUCCCCCAUCCUCGUGCUGGUCUACAACGGCGCCACAGGAAGACCCGUGUACAGCAUUGACUCCCGCAACGGCCCACUUACCCUCUCGAAGCACUGGUCAGGCAUGGGGGACCGAGCCACGUUCAAGGUCACGCCCCCGGGUCAGGGCCUCGCGGUCAGCCGGGUGAAGGACGAGGACGAGGGGGAGUACCGCUGCAGGGUAGACUUCGGCUCCUCCCCCACCAGGAACCUGAGGAUGAAGUUGCAGGUGGUGGUUCCCCCGCAGCGAGUGGCCAUUCUGAGCGAGGCGGGCCUGGAGGUGAGCGGCGUGAUCGGCCCCUACCCGGUGAAGGAGAACCUCAAGCUCACCUGCCAGGCAUCCGGAGGUCGCCCGCCGCCGCAGGUCACGUGGUGGCAUGAAGGCUCCCUCAUCGACGACCUGAUAGAGAACUCGACGGCCCAGGUGACGCGAAACACCCUCACGCUGCCCAACCUGAGCCGCCAGCACCUGUUCCGCGUCAUCACCUGCAGCGCCGCGAAUUCCAACCUGACGCGGCCCCUCAACACCUCCGUCACCCUGGACAUGAGCUUUCCGCCCCUGGAAGUGACCAUCUCCGGCAGCCCCCAACACCUGGCGGAGGGCGGGGUGUACACGCUCACCUGCGAGGCCUGGGGGUCGCGGCCACCUGCAAACCUCACCUGGUGGAUGGAUGGUAUGCUGAUGACGCCGGCGGAGAACAAGGUACUCAUGGAAGGCAACGUGAGCCGGUCCAGCCUUCGCCUCACCCCGACCCGCGAGAACCAUGGCGCCGUGUUAUCCUGCAGGGCCGAUAACCGUGACCUGCCCGCGUCGGUGGGGGAGGACAUCGUGAAGCUGAACGUCCAUUAUCCCCCUCGCCUCAAGCUCCGCCCCGGCCACAGCCUCUCCCUCAGCCACAUCAAGGAGGGAGAUGACGUGUACUUUGAAUGUGAGGUGCACGCCAACCCCCCUGUCGAGAACGUGCGCUGGUUCCUACAGGGACGUGAACUUGUACAAAACGUGUCUGCCGGAGUGAUCGUGGCCAACCGGAGUCUGGUGCUGCAGGGCGUGGGGCGGCGCUCGACCGGGGACUACGUGUGCAAGGCUUCGAACCCCCGCGGCGACACGACCUCCAACCCCCUGCACCUCAACGUGAAGUUCCGCCCCACCUGCGCCGAGGACCAGCAGUGGACGUACGGGAGCGGGCGCGGGGAGCAAGUCAACGUCACCUGCCGCGUCCACGCCCACCCCGACGCCCACGCCUUCCGCUGGGCCUUCAACACCUCCGCCGAGCUCCUCAACAUCCCGCAGAACCGCACGCACGCCCUCCGGGACCGCAGCACCGUCUCCUACACGCCCAUGACCCACCAUGACUUCGGGACGCUCCUGUGCUGGGCGGUCAACGAGGUGGGCAACCAGCCCCAGCCCUGCGUCUUCCUGAUCGUGCCCGCGGCCGCACCGGAACCGGUGCACAACUGCAGCGUGUGGCAGAACGCGAGCAGUGCGGCGGGCGAGGUGGUGGUACGGUGCAGCCCGGGCUGGAGCGGCGGCCUGACGCAGACCUUCACGCUGGCGGUGCACACGGCGCGGCGUGUGGCGGGGCGGCCCGAGGCGGGCGGUGUGGUGACCUCCAUGACCAGCACCAGCGAGCCGUCCUUCACCGUGACGGGUCUGGCGCCGGGCACCGAGUACCAGCUGGCCGUGGGCGCCGUCAACUCCCAGGGCGAGGCGCCGCCCACGCUGCUGCUGCACCACACGCCCAUCGACGUGGCCGAGAAGCGGACCAGCGCCACUGCUGCGGAGACCCCCGGCGGAGGCGUGGACCGCGCGCUGCUGGCCGUGGUGCUGGCGGCCGUGACGGGCGCCCUGGGCUCCGUGGUCAUCUGCUCCCUCGUGGUACUGUUCGUCAUCCGCCCGCGCCUGAGGCAAGCCCACGCCCACGCCCACGGCCGCACGCAGCCGCGGGUGGUGUGCCACAAGGCGGGCGCUGAGGAGGCCACACACACGCCCGGCGCCUCGCAGGGAGACUUUGACCAGAUAGCGGGCGGCCCGGACCUCAUCCUCGUGCGUGCCAGUGCCGAAAAGGAGGGCCCCCCGCCACCCCCUCGCGCUCCCCCGGCCGUCACCACCGCCUCCCUCCCGAGCGGCCAGUACGGCGGGACGAAGGGCACCGCGGCCGCCGCCACGGGCCUGUACAUGGAGGCCGCGGCGGGCGGGCUGGGCGGGCCGGGCCGUGACAGCAUCAACCCUAGCUACAGCAGCAUGAGCAGCAGCAGCAGCUACGGCAGCAUGGCGGGGGGGCGGGGCAGUCUGAGCCCCGGCGCGGCGGCCGCCCUGGCUGAGGGCGUCAAGGGCGGGGGCGGCACGCUGCUCAGCCCCGGCCUGGAGCCUCUAACCGAGGCCCCGCGCGGCCCCGGCCCCACCUCGGCCUCCGCCGCCACCAGCCCCGCGGUGCCGCCCUCCUCCGGGCCCCUGGAGGCUCGCCGCCUCUCCGGCGUGGCGGUGCCCCUCGGUGACGUGCAGGCGUGGGGUGAGCGCGUGAUCCCCGCAGGGCUGCGCAGCCUGGCCCCCCGCCGCCCCUCGGCCUCCGGGGUGCACGCGGAGGGGUUCCAACACAACCUCAGCAGCAGUCGGGAAAGUUGCGUCUAGACGCGGCCGACGCCCCCCCCACCCCCCUCCCGCUAACGCACUCCUAUACCCCCGCCCUCUUUCCCUGCCCUCCCCUCUGCCCUCCUCCCCUGUCCUACUCUCCCGCGCCCCCUCCCUCCCCGUGCUGCCAGCGUUCCGGUGCAGGUCAGCCCACACACCGGCUCGCCUCCCCAGGUGACGGCGGGGCUCGGGGCAGCCUCUUAUGUCACGGGCGUGGGCGGCCCCUCACGCUGCGCCCCACCGCGCCGCGGGGCAACAACAAUGUAACAAGGACAAGACCUCGGGAGCCGCCCCCCACACGCCGCGGGGCCAAGACUGUGCUGCGCGUGUGUACCUAACGGGUCCCCGUGUCCCGACCCCCCCUGACCCCUUCCCCCCCCUUUCUCUCUCUCUCUCUCUCUCUCUCUCUCUCUCUCUUUCCAUUACUUCUUUCUUAGCCUUCAUUUUCCAUACUUUAUAUUCCUCCUCCUCCUCCUCCUCCUCCUCCUCCUCUUCCUCCUCGUGUCUUCUCCUCGUUCUCCCUCUUUUGCAUAUUCCAUCCUUUUCAUCUCUCCCCUUUUUUUCCUCUUCAUUUGCGUUAUCUUUUGUUUAUGUUGAUUAUGUUCCCGGUUUGCAUACACAUAACGCGGCGUAUUUUCCUCUCCUCCUCUUAUGCUUCCAUCUUCGUGAUCCUCCAAUCGUUAUCUAUGUCUUAUCUCCUCCUUCAUCGACUAUUUUAAAACUUAGUUACUGCCAUUCUCCCUCUCCUCCUUCUCCUCCUCCUCCUCCUCCUCCUCCUCCUCCUCCUCCUCCUCCUUCUUCUCUUUCUCUCUCCUCCUUCUCGUCUUUCUCCUCAUAUUUCUUCCUUCUCGUGUUAUUUUUCUCCAUUUACUUCACCUCUUCCUCUCCCUCUUCUUCCUCCUCCUCCUCCUCCUUCAUUUUUAUCCCGAUUCCUACACGUCCUCCUUCGCACAAAUCUUAGGUAUUUUACUCUUCCUUUUUUCCUUUCAUGCUCCUCCUUUCUUUAUUUUCCUUCUUAUUUUCUUUUCUCUUCUUCUCUCCUUCAUCCUCGCCUAUUCCCUCGCUGACUCAUCUACCUCAUUUAUAUCCGUUCAUCCCCUCCUCCUCCUCCUCCUCCUCCUCCUCCUCCUCCUCCUCGUCCUCCUCCUGCUCCUGCUACUGCUGCACAUAAUAAAGCAAAAAAAAAAGAAAAAAACAGAGUAUGGCCCAACAUGGGGAGGCUCUCGCGGAAUGACUCAACUUUUCAUAUUUUGAGGAAUAUUUGAGGAAGAACGACGCAAAGAUGUGAAAAUGGACGGACCGAGAGAAGAAAAAUAUAUAUACUGCAUCAGGUCAUGUGUGUCUGUGUGUCUGUGUGUGUGUGUGUGUGUGUGUGUGUGUGUGUGUGUGUGUGUGUACAUACUCUCUGCCCUGUACGUUUUACAUGUCUACAUCACAAUGGAUAUUUACGCCUAUAUACGUAUGUGUUCGUGUGUGUGUGUGUGUGUGUGUGUGUGUGUGUGUGUGUGUGUGUGUGUGUGUGUGUGUGUGUGUGUGUGUGUGUGUAUUUGUCUGUGUGUAAAUAUGUACAUACGUAGGUGUGUGUGUGUGUGUGUGUGUGUGUGUGUGUGUGUGUGUGUGUGUGUGUGUGUGUGUGUGUGUGUGUGUCCCAGUGUAUAUUUCAUUUCACGCAACAGGGGAGAGGAGGAAAAUGGGAUUGAGAAAGCGACAGAG